UUCGACACUGAUCGCCUCUCAUACACUAUGCACACAUCAUCGCUCUCACACGCAGCUGGACGAAGUCAUCCAUUGCUCCUUUUUCUUAUUGCAUUUGCCGUGAUGUCGUUGAGCUCUGUGGUCCGCCCGUCUCCUCUCGACCUUUAUUCUUCCUCCUAGCCGUCUGCACUGACUGACUAACCGGACCGUAGGUGGAUGUUGACGGUAGCUUUGAGCAGCGAAUCUGUGGCCGCCCACCACUGCGCUGACGGCGGUGUGAAUAAGAGGUGCUGCAGCCUGGUUCCUUUUCACUCUGAUGACUCUAAGCUGCUGAUUCAUUUCAUGUCCUUCCUGAUGCCUACAUGAUCUAUUGAUGGGGUCCCGCAGCCAAAGCUUCCUCCACCACCACCACCACAGUCUCCACCACCAGCGUAGCUCCAUGGUACCCACCUCAGUACCAAGGCUUCUACCUGAGAAUGGCAGCCUGCUGGGGGGCAUUGCUCAAAUUACACCCAGCCUCUUCCUCAGCAGAGGAAAUGUUGCCUCAAACCGCAGCCUGCUGCUGUCCAAAGGAAUCACCUGUGUCGUCAACGCCACCAUCGAGCUCCCAAACUUCAACUGGCCUCACAUGGAGUACAUGAAGGUCCCGUUGGCAGACAUGCCCCACUCCCCGAUCUCCCUGUACUUCGACAGCGUGGCCGAUAAGAUCCAUAGUGUGGGCCGUAAAAGAGGGGCCGUGCUGGUGCACUGCGCGGCUGGUGUGAGCAGAUCAGCCUCCCUGUGCUUAGCGUACCUCAUGAAAUACCACCGCGUGUCUUUGGCCGAGGCUCACUCCUGGGUCAAAUCCCGUCGGCCGGUCAUCAGACCCAACAGUGGCUUCUGGCGCCAGCUCAUUGACUAUGAGAGAAAGCUUUUUGGUAGAACCUCUGUUCGAAUGGUGCAGACACCAUAUGGCAUCAUACCCGAUGUGUAUGAGAAGGACCGCAGGAAUCUGGCUCCUUACUGGGGCCUAUAAAAGAUGAUCUACUAACAUCUGGGCAUGAGUCCUGUGCUCGUUCUAGACAGUUUCUGUUUUUGAGCGGAGAUAUAGGAAUAGAUUAUUAAACAAAUACUGGAGGGAGUAAAUUCCAAACACGGGCCGAUGAUGGAUGAGGGAACUGCUCCUACUGAACACUAAAGAGGACACGACCACAAGACCACAGUCCUUUGGACUAAAGGAUGUCCAAGUUAGAAUUAGAGAAGUUAUUCAGAACUUGUACUUAAUCAGAAUCAGUUCAAUAUUUAGUCAAAACCGUAUCAUUAUGCUCCUUUACAUAAUGAUAAAUUACAGUUGCUACUGUAUAAGAUGUCCAUCAGUUAGACACAGGUGUAAAGACUACAUUUAGCUUGUACACAAAAUACAGAUGAACCAGUCACACCAGUGGACGAGUACUAAAAAGUAAGUUCCUAAAUUAUUCACUUGUAGCUGGUCCCAGGGAAAAUGUUGGUAGAAACCAGGUGCAUUUCAUCCAUGUCAAAUUCAACACUGAAUACAUAUAACAUAUAAACAGACAACACUUAGUAGGAGAAAUUGAUUGAUGCUCACAUUUAGGUGAAGGUCUGUAGGUCCUUACUUGAGAUACUGACUCUCAGAAUGAAAAGGCUCCACCUGUUGGAGGGAUCAGAUAUAUCACAAGAUUAUCCAUGUUGUUAUUUAUAAACAGCCCAGUACCUGGAGCUUAAAAAUCCAAUCUCAACACCCAGCAUGCAUUCGCUGAGGCUUCAACUCCAGGUCAGAUGCCAGGUUUUAGCCAGACCAGCCCCUAUGAGCACAGGGCAGUCAGUAGGUCUACGGCAGUCACAGUUGUCAAACAGACUGCAGCAGAGUGCUGAGUGAAUAACAUUGUUCAAAACAAACAAAAGUUUUGACAGUAGCUCGACGUGAUGACCAGUGUUAACCUACUCUUUGAAGCAAAAGUGAGUUGAGUUAUAUAUUGAUUGGCAUUUUUACAUAUUAAUAAUUAAAGGAAUGAAAUGAAUAAUUAGUCACAAAUAAAAACAGGUGUUAACCAUAUAGGUAUAACUGCUGUUUUUCCAGUGAACUACAGAAAUUCUUUAACAUUUAAGAACCAUCUCAGUUAAUCCAUAUUAAUCCAGAUUCAUCUACAGAACUACAGUACGGAAGACCUUCUGUUAACGCCUUGGUGUCAAGUUAUUUAUGGCUGAGCUGACUGACCGACUGGUUGUCUGUCUGUUUGGCUCACAAAUUGGCUGUCUGACUGAUUGACUGACUGACUUCUCCACUGCCUGCUGCUGCUUGAAGAACAGGCAGAGGCCAUUCAGAAAAAAAAGCAAGAUGGAAAUGUCAUCGGGACAUUAUUUGUUUGCGUGCGUGUUUCUGUGUGUGCGGUGGUAAGACUGUCAAUAUGAACAAGAAUUGAUUUUCUGAGUGUCUGUCCACAGUAAGUGUUGAUAAAAAGCAGACAGUCGUACCUGUGUC